AGCUAUAAAAAUCACAGUGUAAAUAAAGGCGAUUAAAUAUAUAAAAUGACAAAAGCUAUGAAUACAGAAGUGAUUUGCGUCGUUAUAUUAGUUCUUUGCGUCAAUAUCGAUGCCUUUGGAAAUAAGGUACCCAUAAACUGUCAUCUUCAACCAGAUGAAAGACCGUGUAGCCAUAUAAGGUUUAGUUAUUAUCAUAAUAUUUCUACUCGUAAAUGCGAACUUUUUCGUUAUGGUGGAUGUCUCGGAAACGGCAACCAUUUCGAAUCUUUACAGGAAUGCUGCGAUCGUUGUUCUGCAACAAAUUUGGAAUGUAAACAAAUUCAAAAAGAUAUACAGGAAUUAAUAGACAGUCCACCAAGACCGAGUGGAAAAAGCACUGAAAGGUGGUAGUUGGUCACGGGAUCGAACUUCACCUGCUGACUGAGCGCAUGGAGUUUUGUACGUCUUCUUCCUGUGUUUUAUUCUUUAAAGAUAGUCGGUUUAUCAUAAAAAGUCCUUCCGGGGAGCACCGCUACUUCGUGUCUAUGUGUUCUUAUCUAUAAAGGGAAUAAAUAUCUAAAAAUGAUUUCCAGUCCAUGUUACGCAGUAACGACUAAUAAAGUGUCAGGAAGUGUUUAUGUUUUAUACAUGGCGAACUAUAUUUAAAAUAAUCUGGUUUGUUUGAAGAAUCGGCCAUUUAGGAACCAAACAGUUCCAAAUGGCUAAAAAU